CCGUCAUCACGUGAGGAGCGACGAAGUGAGUGAGGAGAGAAGACGGAGCAAUCGAGCGGAGAGAGCAGCUGAAGCCAUAGACAGUUAAAGAAAGCCGGCGAGCAAGCUUGGGCCAUCAUCAUCACUCAACUCUACUCAUCUUGACUACCCAGGCUAACUUUAGCUACAUGUGCUGAGGUCGAGGGGGGAACUGAUCUCAACUGCAACAAUGCCGACAGUUACUUUACCGCCUAAAGAGAACGCUCUCUUCAAAAGGAUUUUGCGAUGUUACGAACACAAGCAGUACAGAAAUGGGCUCAAGUUCUGCAAACAAAUUCUAUCUAACCCCAAGUUUGCCGAGCAUGGAGAGACCCUAGCAAUGAAGGGAUUGACCCUGAACUGUCUAGGGAAGAAGGAGGAGGCCUACGACCUGGUGAGAAGAGGCCUGCGCAAUGACCUCAGGAGUCACGUUUGCUGGCACGUAUACGGCCUCCUGCAGCGCUCGGAUAAGAAGUACGACGAGGCCAUCAAGUGUUACCGCAACGCUCUGAAGUGGGACAAGGACAACCUGCAGAUUCUCCGAGACCUGUCCCUGCUGCAGAUCCAGAUGAGAGACCUAGAGGGCUACAGGGAGACACGGUACCAGCUGUUGCAGCUGCGGCCGGCGCAGCGGGCCUCCUGGAUCGGCUACGCCAUCGCUUAUCAUCUCCUGGAAGACUAUGAGAUGGCUGCAAAGAUCAUUGAGGAGUUCAGGAAAACACAACAGACGUCUCCAGACAAAGUGGACUACGAAUACAGCGAGCUACUGCUGUACCAGAACCAGGUGCUGAGGGAAGCAGGCCUGUACAAGGAGGCCCUUGAGCAUCUGUCAAACUAUGAGAAACAGAUCUGUGACAAACUGGCUGUGGAAGAGACACGAGGAGAGAUACUGUUGAAGUUGGAGCGUCUGGAUGAAGCAACAGAAGUCUACCGCCAUCUUCAAGAGAGGAACCCUGAGAACUGGUCCUAUUACCGUGGCUUGGAAAACGCCCUAAAGCCAAGCUGUGUAGAAGAGAGACAAAAGAUCUAUGAAGACGCCUGGGAGAAGUUUCCCAAAGGACUGGUUCCUCGCCGGCUGCCCCUCAACUUCCUCUCUGGGGAGAAGUUUAGAGAGUGUCUGGACAGGUAUCUGCGGUUGAACUUCAGCAAAGGCUGUCCGCCCGUCUUCACCACCCUUAAAUCACUCUACAACAACAAAGAAAAGGUGGCAAUAAUAGAGGACUUGGUUGUCGGCUAUGAAACCACAUUAAAAAGCUGUAGAAUGUUCAACCAGAACGAUGACGGUAAGGAGGAACCACCGACCACCUUGCUCUGGGUGCAGUACUUCCUGGCACAGCACUACAACAUAAUUGGCCAACAGACACUGGCUCUAGAAUACAUAAAUGCAGCCAUUGAGAGCACGCCUACACUCAUCGAGCUCUUCCUUAUCAAAGCCAAGAUUUACAAGCAUGCUGGGAACAUCAAAGAGGCUGCUCAGUGGAUGGAUGAGGCCCAGGCUCUGGACACUGCUGACAGAUUCAUCAACUCCAAGUGUGCCAAGUACAUGCUGAAGGCUGGCAUGGUCAAAGAGGCUGAGGAAAUGUGCUCCAAGUUCACACGGGAGGGAGCCUCUGCAGUGGAGAACCUAAACGAGAUGCAGUGCAUGUGGUUCCAGACGGAGUGUGCACUCGCCUACAAGUCCAUGAACAAGUUUGGGGAAGCCCUCAAGAAGUGCCACGAGAUUGAAAGACAUUUUGUGGAGAUAACAGACGACCAAUUUGAUUUCCACACCUACUGCAUGAGGAAGAUGACGCUACGCUCCUACGUGGACCUUCUGAAGCUGGAGGACGUGCUCCGGAUGCAUCCCUUCUACUACAAGGCUGCCAUCAGCGCCAUCCAGAUCUACCUGAGCCUCCACGACAAUCCCCUGACUGACGACAGCAAGGAGCUGCAGGCUGAAUCUGCUAACCUCUCGGACAAAGAGCUGAAGAAGCUGAGAAACAAGCAGCGGAGAGCCCAGAAAAAGGCCCAGCUGGAGGAGGAGAAGAAGAACGCAGAGAAGGAGAAGCAGCUCAAGAACCAGAAGAAAAAGAAGGAGGAUGAUGACGAGGAGAUCGGCGGGCCCAAGGAGGAGCUAAUACCUGACAAGCUGGUCAAGGUAGAAAAUCCACUGGAAGAAGCUGUGAAGUUCCUGAUGCCUCUCAAACACUUGGUCAAGGACAAAAUAGACACACAACUGCUGGCCUUUGAGAUCUACUUCAGGAAAGAAAAAUACCUGUUGAUGCUCCAAUCAGUGAAGAGAGCGUUGGCCAUUGACCCAGACCACCCAUGGUUACACCAGUGUCUAGUACGCUUCUUUAAAGGAGUCUCUGAGAGCAAGGAGCUGCCGGAGGUGGUCCGGACCGUGCUGAAGCAGGAGAUCACCCGGCUCUUCGGAGACAGCAAUGCCAUGAGCUUCAACCAGGCCUACCUCAACAAGCACUCCAACUCCAUACCACACCGACUGGCUGCUGCUAAGAUGAUGGUGUAUCUGGACUCAUCGACAGAAAUGAAGGCUAUAGAGCUGGCCACUGCACUAGAUGAGUCCCUCAACAACAGAACCAUACAAAUCUGCACAGAGGUCCUGGAAUGUCUUCGGGGCGCCACGCUGGGCGACUGUAAGGAGCGUGCGGAGUCGUACCGCGCAGAGUGUCGCAAGCUUUACCCCUACACAUUAGCUUUUGCGCCUCCCGGAUACGAGGAGAACACAAAGAUCGCCAACGGAGAUGUUUCCACUGAAACGGAGGAGCUAGCCAAUGAGAUGUGAGCGCGGCAGAACAGUGGAUGAGAAAAGGAAUUGGGCCAAGCAUGGAGCCUUGUGGUACGCCUGGCAGCCAUUUUGUAGAGCCAGACAUGGGAGGCGAAAAAGGGUUUGUUCUUUGGCUCAGCUUAAUCUGGUCUGUCCUGGCAUGGCUUGGCUUGGCUCUCUCCCACAUGGUGAAAAUCAGGACUGUGUAUGUGUCUGUCUGUCUGUGUGUGUGUGUGUGUGUGUGUGUGUUGAGAGCAUGUGUGCGGUUGUGUAUUUUUGUGGGAAAGCCGGGUGGGGGGGGGAAAGAAGGAAGAUAACAAAAUGGCCAUUUUACUUUUUUAAUAAAGCUGUCAACCAAGCUGAAUUUGAAAGCACAGUUAUUGGCUAACUGUGAGGAACUGGCUCGGACUGUUGGUUUCCUCGGAGAUGAUCAAUAACUGACAGCAACCACUUGAGUUUGACUCAGUGCUGUUCCAAAACGCCUAUGGCAUACAGCGUUCCCCUAAUUUUAAAAGGCUAAUAUAAAUGAAAAUAGGACAACUGUCACUGGGGGACGGGAGACUGAGCUGAGAGGAUCUGAUCUUUGACACAUCUGUAGGAAGCUGAGCAGGAAGAGUUACUGAGGACUGAAAGUAGACCCUGAAGACAUCCAUACGCAUAUCUGUAUCUGCUGUAAUGCUCCAGGAAACCACUGAUCGACAUGAGGCAGUGGAGUGUGUGAGAAAGGCCCGGUCACUGCGGGGGCACAGCGCGAAGAACGUCUCCUCACAUUUGAACAGUUCUUUUUGAUUUUCUUUGGUCAGACUGUGCUUCCCUCGUGGUUCCUGGUUAAACUUGGGAAUAUCUAAUCCUCUGUCUGUUAAUAUGGAGCACCUUUGUAGCACAGAUUAAAAACUGUAAAGGUUGUGUGUUGUGCUCCAUUUCAAAUACACUGCUACUCUUAAAGUUUUUACAUAGUUCUGAGAAAGUUGGAUAGAUCUAAGCAAUACCAUAGACACCUUUCUGUCCAUAAUGGAUCAAUGGAACUCUUCUUAUUGAUGAUUAUCAUUUCUAGAUCUGGUUGAAGUGGUUUACACUGAGCCUUCUGGCAGUCACUUGUGGUGUUGCUGUUGUCACUGUUAGAAAUUGUUUUAUCUGCAUGUACACAAGGGACUCUAACAGAGUGGAACCAUGCUACUUCAGAGGCCUCUUCUCUGCUAAUUUGGCUCCUCUAGAGGUCAGAGUUCAGCAUCCAUGCCUGUUGCCCGAAGUGACAGAAGUGUAAAUGUUAUAAGGCGAGUAAAUGAAUGAGCAUCUGGAAUUUGUUUUACUUUUUCUGUUCCCCUCUUUCCCCCCCAAAAAAACUAUUUUCUUCCCCUUUUCCCUCUGAUUUGGGUUCUGAUGUGAAAGAUGAAAUCUGAGAUGGCGAUGUAUGAUAUCUCUGGAUUUUUGUAUUAAAACUAAACGGAA